CUCUGUGCGCAACGCGAAUAGCAAGGUCACGCGCGCAAUGAGGCAUUGGCCUCUGUCAAAAUUAAUUCUUCUAGAGCGUCCACCUCCUGCCCAUCCUCGUCGUCCUCCUCCCUCCUCGUCGUCGUUGUCGUCGUCAUCCUCCUCCGCAUGACCCUCCCUCCUCCUCUCCCUCCUCCUCUCCCUCCUCGUCAUCUCGCGACCCGUCGGUCGAUUCGGAGAGGCGGCGAGCACCGGUCUCUAGCAACGCGGCGAGGAGUUUCGUCUCGGCGGCUUUGUGCGGAGUCGAUACCGCGCGGACGGACGGCGACGGCACUGCGAGUGGAGAGGAACGAGUGGAAGACCGAUCGAGCGAGCGAGCCGAGCCGAGCCGAGAGUGCUCGUUACAUUGGACGAACGGGCGGUACGCACGAGAAGGGCGCUCGUGAAUUCUCCAUCGUCGUCCGCGUGGCCGUGGCAGCCGAAGCUCGCGGUCGACACGCACAACACAGACGCGCGGCUUCCGUGUCGAGCGGCGGAGGAAUCCGUGUUCACGUUCCCGUCGCCCUCCCUCCGUGGGUGAAAUGAGCAGGAGACGAGGAUUAGUGUUGCUGCUGCUGCUGGUGUUGAUGAUGAUGACGGUGAGUGCGCACGCGAUAAGCGUGGCGCUCACCAACCUAAAGCGUGACUCUCAGCUACUCGUGAUCAAGAACAAGACGCCAGCAGGCUCCGUGUCCAAGGAGGCGUUCGCCCUCGAAUCCCUCCACAACAAACUCCGCGCCACGGUUCAACCCCCGGCAGCGAACAUGGAAAAGAUGGAGUGGGACGAAUCCUUGGCUCAAGCCGCCCACGAGUGGGCGGCAGUCGCUUGCGAUAAUCCCCGAGCGGCAGAUGAACCGGGGAUUCAGGGGACCGGAGCAGCUGGAAGAGGUGGAGGCCACCAACGCCUCGGGGUGAACCUGCAUCGCGCGCCGCACGGGGCGACAUCGUUCGCCGGCGUCCUCGCCUCGUGGUUCUCGGAGGGGCAGAACUACGACUACGCGCGGGCAGGGUGCGCGCACAACCGCACGUGCCGCCACUACACGCAGAUGGUGUGGGCCUCGGCGAGUCGCGUGGGCUGCGCCAAGCGCUGGUGCCGGGACCCAGGGAGCCGCGUGGAGGCGUUUGCGUGCGUCUACCUGCCCGGAGGAAACUGGCUUCUGGACGGCAAGACGAUCGCUCCCUACAAGGCGGGAGACUGGUGCUCGCUCUGCACCUCCGUCAAGUCCGGCUGCUUCAAGCACCAGGGCGCAGGUGGCCUGUGCGAGGUGCCGCAGAACCGCUGCCGGAUGAACUGCGGGCGCCACGGCCACCUGGACUCGUCGAGCUGCAGGUGCAGCUGUGCGUCCGGCUUCUCUGGGAAAUACUGCCAGGUGAAGUGCUCCUACCCGUGCGUGCACGGACGGUACAGGGAGGAGGAGUGCUCGUGCGUCUGUGACCUGGGCUACGGAGGGCUCACCUGUGCAGAGCGAGCGGAGUUCCCGUACCACAGCUGCGCGCUGCGUGUGGAGGACGACUGCCUCUCCGUAUCGGACGACAGCGAGACGUUCUACACGGCGCGCAACCAGUGCCAGGGACGAGGUGGGACCCUGGUGCAGAUCGAGAGCCAGCGGGAGCAGGACCUCCUUUCCUUCUACCUGCUCAGGGCCACCGACAGCAACGACGUCACGGGCCUGGAGCCCGAGUCUAACAGCUUCUGGAUAGGUCUCACCUACAAGGUGUCUAAAGGCGUCUUCCGCUGGGACGACGGGAGAGCCGUCAACUUCAGCAGCUUCGCCUUGGGACAGCCGGACAGCCACGGGUUCGGCAACUGUGUGGUGAUGCACGCCGAGUCUGGCUUCAAUUGGAACGACCGCCCCUGCCGCUCCCGCAACAGAUUCAUCUGCCAGUUUGGAAAGAAACACAGGAUACACUGGAGCUACAGACCCUGAGCUCGGACGAAACCGUCUGGGUCAUCCGCUGGGCGCGAGCGCGAGCCGCGUCUUGCGCACACGCACAAGACCAAACAACAACAAAAAACGUUUAGCCUCGACAAACUUUUGAGUCAAGUGCCGUUAGCGAGCACCUGGCACUG